AUGGUCAAUUUCGGGCAAGUCCUAAAGGAGAUCGGGGAGUUUGGUUUAUUUCAGAAGCUUUUACUCCUUGCAUUAUGCAUCCCCAACUUUUUUUUAGCUUUCGACGUGAUUGGUCAGGUAUUCACGGACAUGAGCUUCCCACAUCACUGUGACACUGACUGGAUUUUGUCCCGUGGCCCCAACUUAACCUAUGAGAGGCAGAAAAAUCUCACCCUCCCUGUGAACAAGGAUGGAGAGUUUGAAAGCUGUUUAAUGUUCGUACCUGUGGAUUUGGAUUUGGAAACCAUUGAAUCGUAUGGGAUCAACAGCAGCACAAAGUGUGUAGAUGGAUGGGCCUACGAGGCCCCCGAGGGCGCAACCAGCAUUGUAACAGAGUUUGAUCUGGUGUGUGACAGAAGUGGUUUUCGGGAAGCAGCACAGGCCAUCUACAUGACAGGUCUUCUGGUUGGAUCGCUGAUGUUUGGGCCAAUGGCUGACAGGUUUGGCCGGCGCUUUGUCCUCCUGCUAUCAAUCCUCCUGCUUCUGUUGUUUGGUGUGGGUGCUGCUUUCUCACCCAACAUCUAUGUUUACAUGGUUGUCAAAUUUAUAAGUGCCACCUCUGUUUCUGGGAUUUCAAUGAACCUGUUUGUGAUAGGGGCCGAGUGGACUGAUAGCUCGAGGGUUGCUCUCUUCUCCUUUAUGGUAUUCAUUUCCUUCCCUGUUGGAUUGAUGAUACUGUCAGGCCUUGCCUAUUUGAUCCGCAACUGGAGGAUCCUGAAGCUGGUCUUCUUCAGCCCUCUACUUCCGGUCCUGGUGAUCCUCUACUGGCUUCUCCCAGAGUCAGCUCGCUGGCUAAUGACCCAGGGCAGGAAGGAGGACUUGCAAAAGGAGAUCAGGAGAGCAGCCAGGAUUAAUGGGAAGAAGGUCCCAGAAGCUGUGCUAGAACAGCUGCAGGUUGAGAGUGCACCCAAAAAAGGAAGCAUGUUGGACAUCUUCAGGAUACCAUAUUUACGAAAAUGUACUCUCAUAAUGAGCUGUCUCUGGUUCGGGACAAAUGUGGUGUACUACGGACUGAGCCUGAAUGUUGGUGACUUUGGCCUGGAUAUCUACCUCACACAGUUCAUCUUUGGCGUUGUAGAAAUGUCUUCAUACCUGGUCAGCUUGGCUUCAAUUCAGCAUUUUGGGAGGAGAAUAUAUCAAGCAGGAGUCUUACUGAUUUCAGGCUGUGCUUGCCUUGUGAUCCCUGCCAUUCCUAAGGACCUUCCUGUAGUGGUAACAAUCAUAGCAGUUCUGGGAAAGUUUGCUUCCAGUGCCUCUUACGCCACAAUCUGUGUUUAUACUGCAGAACUGUAUCCUACCGUUCUAAGACAAAAUGGUAUUGGUCUAAACUUCAUGUGUGGUCGUGUGGCUGGCAUCCUCGCCCCUCUGAUCUUGCUUCUUGAGGUCUACCAUCACUCCAUCCCCAUGGUGUUAUUUGGCAUCCUCCCCUUGAUUGCUGGGUGUCUCUGCUUUUUUCUACCUGAGACCCUCCAUGCUGGACUUCAGGACCACGUUGAGCCCAUGAAAUGAGAGAGUGGGAAUACUGAGACGCUAUUCUGCGAUGAAAAGAAGAAAUCAGCGAUGACUUUACACUUGUUAUUCAUACUGAAAUCAUAAUGUGAGUUUUGGGACUUUUAUCAUUGUCCAUCCAAAGUUUCCAUAAAGUAUAAAUGCUUUUAUUCAGUAUCAGGGACAAAUGCCAGAGACUGCAAUAUGUUUGAAAUUAAACUGAUGGAGUUUUAUUAUUUGUAAUUCAUCAGUGUUCAGUUUGUUACUGUAGUCGUAGUUAGUACAGUAGUAUGGUGCAAAGCAUCAACAGAAUCAUUUUUUACUUGUAAAUUAUUGAAUAAAAUUGUUGGUUUUUGCAUUCAGUCUUUUUUUUUCUUUUACAAAAGUUUCUGAUGACCUGAA